GUAUAACUCAUUGUCUUCGCAUCAUUACACCUGAUCAACUGCUGAAAUUAACUGUGACUCAAAGAACUGACCACCAAGAUGAUGAUGAAGACUGUAAUCUUUUUGGGCUGCCUCCUGGGUCUGUCAUUGGCUCUUCCUGCUGAUGUGGAUCACUUGAGAGUUGCACGUUCCAGCUCUGACUCCAACUCUAACUCAAACUCCAGGGAGGCUGGUUCCUUUCUGCCCUCCCUGCCACAGUUGAAUUCAAAUCAGCUACUUCAACUUCUACUUAAACUGUUUGCUGCCUCUGUCCCAGCACCAGCCCCUGCCCCAGCUCCUGCACCUUCCCCAGCCCCUGCCCCUUCACCUGCCCCUGCCCCAGCCCCUACUCCUGCUCCUGCCCCUGCCCCAGCACCUUCCCCAGCCCCUGCUCCUGCUCCAGCUCCAGCCCCAUCCCCUGCUCCUGCCCCAGCCCCUGCUCCUGCCCCAGCCCCUGCUCCAGCCCCAGCCCCUGGUCCUACCCCAGCCCCUGCCCCAGGUGGACGUUAAACAGGUGAAGUCAUGUUACAGUAACCCAGCCAUUAAUCAUUUCAUAUCUCAACAUGUAUAUUAGUUUCCCCCAGUGGUGUAAAGUACUUAAGUAAAAAAUACUUUAAAGUACUACUUAAAUAGUUUUCUGUACUUUACUUUACUAUAUAUAUUUCGGACAACUUUUACUUCACAAAAUUCCUAAAGAAAAAAAUGCACAUUUUACCCCAUACAUAUUCCUUGACCUCCAAAAAUACUUUUUGAAUGCUUUGCAGGACAGGAACAAAUGCAUACGCUUAUCAAGAGAACAUCCCUGGUCAUCCCUACUGCCUCUGAUCUGGUGGACUCACAAAACACAAAUGCUUAGUUUAUAAAGAUGUCUGAGUGUUGGAGUGUACCCCUGGCUAUCUGUAAAUAAAGUAAACAAGAAAAUGGUGCCGUCUGGUUUGUUUAAUAUAAGGUUUUUGAAAUGAUUUAUACUUUCACUUUUACAUUUGAUACUUAAGUAUAUUUGAGCAAUUACAUAUACUUUUGAUACUUAAGUAUAUUUAAAACCAAAUAGUUUUAGACUUUUACUCAAGUUGUAUUUCAUUAACUUUCAUUAACUUUCAUUUCUAUUAAGGUAUUUUUACUUUCACUCAAGUAUGACAAUUGUGCACUUUUCCCAACACUGGAUUCCCCAAACAUCAUAAGUACAAUGUAUAUCCUAUAAAUUCAUUAAUUUGCUUUUCUGUCUAUCAGGUAUUUCAUGGAACUCCCAGAUAUUGACUAUGAAGUGUGAUUCCUUUAUGCAUUUCUGUUUAAUAAACACAUUUAUAUUUUAAGCU